UAUAUUUCAGAGACUCGCCACCUUUCUCUCCGCGUUUGAAAUGUCCCUGCAUUUCUUCCUCUCUGUCUCAGUUAUUUCCGCACCUCUUGCUGGGUGUCUGCCCGUCUCCCCGCUGCGGGAAGUCCCGGCGUUUCUGUGGUUCUCUGUGGCAGUGUGACUCAGGAGCUGCCCGCAGGAACCUGCCCUGUUACUGCCUGGAGCGUCUGGCGGGCUGUCCUGCGGGUCUCUGGCUCUCUCCGCCUGUACCUGAGUGUGCUUACCUCUCUGGGCAUUGUGUCUCGGUCCCUGUCUCCCCUUGUUUUUGUUUGGCGGGGAGGGGUUUGUUUCCACAGUAACCGGCUCCUCUGACUCUGGGAUUGGGGAGGGAACCCUUCGAUUUCGUGACCCCUCCCCCCUUUCCCGCCUGGCGCUGGGUGGAGGCGGGAAGCCAAGGUUCGUGGACCUUGGAGGGACAAUCGGAGGUUGAGUGGGGGGUGGUCACCUGCUUUCCUCCGGGACUAAUGGUGCGGGCCGGGCGCAGGAUUUGGGCCCUCAGGAGGGGCCAGAAGUUGGAUUUGGGGCCCCGAGGCCCUGGACUCCUGGGUCCAGAGGCUGGGCCCCUGUGUCUAUCUGGGAUGAGGAGGAGGAUGGUGCCAUCUUUACUGUCACAAGCCGCCAGUAUGGGUCUCUUGAUCCCUUGGGUAGCCAUCUCUGUACUGUCAACCUGGCUGGCCUCUCACCCUGAGGAUUUUGGCUCUGAGGUCAAGGGUCAGCUUGACCGGCUUGAGAGCUUCUUGCUUCGGACAGGGUAUGCAGCAGCGGAGGGUGUUGGGGGGGGCAGCGCUGACCUCAUCCGCAACCUCCGGUCCCGGGUGGCCCCCCAGGCCCCCGACCUUCCUAAGCCCCUGGCUCUCCCCGGCGAUCCCCCUGCUGACCCCACGGAUGUCCUGGUGUUCCUCGCUGACCACUUGGCCGAACAGCUGACCCUGCUAGAUGCGGAGCUGUUUCUCAAUCUGGUCCCCUCUCAGUGCCUGGGGGGCCUGUGGGGUCAUAGAGACCGGCCGGGACAUUCCCAUCUCUGCCCAUCUGUCCGAGCUACUGUCACACAGUUCAAUAAGGUGGCAGGGGCAGUGGUCAGCUCUGUCCUGGGGGCUACCUCAACUGGAGAGGGGCCUGGGGAGGUGACUAUACGGCCACUCCGUCCCCCCCAGAGGGCCCGGCUCCUGGAGAAGUGGAUCCGCGUGGCAGAGGAGUGCCGUCUGCUCCGAAACUUCUCUUCAGUUUAUGCUGUUGUGUCGGCCCUGCAGUCCAGCCCCAUCCAUAGGCUUCGGGCAGCCUGGGGGGAAGCAGCCAGGGACAGUCUCAGAGUCUUCUCCAGCCUCUGCCAAAUUUUCUCUGAGGAGGAUAAUUAUUCUCAGAGCCGGGAGCUACUCCUGCAGGAGGUGAAGCUGCAGCCCUCUCUGGAGCCAAAUUCCAAGAAGGCCCCGAGGUCUGGCUCCCGGGGUGGGGGUGUGGUCCCGUACCUUGGCACCUUCUUGAAGGACCUCGUGAUGCUGGAUGCGGCCUCCAAGGAUGAGCUGGAGAACGGAUACAUCAAUUUUGACAAGCGGAGGAAGGAGUUUGCUGUCCUUUCUGAGCUGCGGCGGCUCCAGAAUGAAUGUCGUGGCUAUGACCUCCGACCCGACCCCGAUAUCCAGCAGUGGCUACAGGGGCUCCGGCCACUGACAGAGGCUCAGAGCCAUCGUGUGUCCUGUGAGGUAGAGCCAUCUGGUACCAGUGACCCUCCUGCCCCACGGGUGCUUCGGCCAACGUUGGUCAUCUCGCAGUGGACAGAGGUUCUGGGCUCUGUUGGGGGUCCCACCCCUCUUAUCUCCUGGGACCGGCCCAGUGUGGGGGGAGAUGAGGUGCCUGGAACCCCUGCUCCUCUGCUGACCCGGCUGGCCCAGCACAUGAAGUGGCCGUCUGUCUCAUCUCUGGACACUGCCCUGGAAAGCACUCCAUCCCUGCACAGUCCGGCUGACCCCAGCCACCUCUCUCCCCCAGCCUCCUCCCCUAGGCCUUCUCGAGGUCACCGCCGCUCAGCCUCCUGUGGCUCCCCGCUCAGUGGGGGUACAGGAGAAGGGGCCUCCAGGGGGACUGAAUAUGGGGGAGGGGGGUCUGGGCCAGAAGCCUCUGAUUGCCGAAUCAUCCGCGUCCAGAUGGAGCUGGGGGAAGAUGGCAGUGUCUACAAGAGCAUCUUGGUGACAAGCCAGGACAAGGCUCCAAGUGUCAUCAGUCGUGUCCUUAAGAAAAACAAUCGUGAUUCUGCAGUGGCUUCGGAGUAUGAGCUAGUGCAGCUGCUACCAGGGGAGCGAGAGCUGACCAUCCCACCCUCGGCUAAUGUUUUCUAUGCUAUGGAUGGAGCUUCACACGAUUUCCUCCUGCGGCAACGGCGAAGGCCCUCGACUACUACACUGGGCCUCACCGGCAGUUCCUCUGCCUCAGGAACUCCCCCAAGCGAGGGAGGAGGGGGUUCCUUUCCCAGGAUCAAGGCCACAGGGAGGAAGAUUGCCCGGGCACUGUUCUGAGGAGGAAGCCCUGUUGGCUCACAGAACUCAUGGUGGCCAUACCAGACGUGGGCAGGCAUCCUGAAUGAUGGCAGUUGUGUCGCAUUGGGAAGAAAUCCAGAGAGGUGGCCAACCACCCUGGGGCAGUGAAGUGCUGCUAGUUUACCAGACAGCCGAGGGAUCCAGCCCUGUGGGAACUGGUACUCUUGGUAACCAAGCUGGAAACCUGUGUACAGCUCCCCAAUUUCUAUGAAUGCACGACACGCCUAGUACUGGGAAAGGGGGUCAAUUUCUGAUUCCUGGCCACAUCCUAGCAUGCCAAGGGCCAAGGCAAGGCCUAGAAUUAAGGGGAGAGGAAAAGCCUAGAGGCUCUGAGCCCUGGGGAGAGGGGAUGGCACAAAGUAGGUUCUUGUAGGAGUUCCUAUUCCUACUGUGGGGGUUCAUGUCACUGUGACAACACUAAGAUAAUAAACCAAAACACUACCUGAAUUCUACCCCCCUGUCCUUGCAGUGCAUGGGAACCAGCUGCUGGGAGUAGGGGUGGGGAGUUGGCUGAAGGUAGACACCAUGGAACAAGAAGGAGCCCAGUGUUUUCUAUCCCCAUGAAGAGCUGAAAGCGAGGUGCUGGUGAAAAUGGUUUCCUCAGAAUGGUUUAUUUCUCCCCAGCAACCUCUCUAACCCGGUCCCUUUAUUUGCUCUUAAAUUUUUCUCCUCAUUUGUCACAGACCCAUGUCAAGUACUAGCCACCCAAUUAAAGUGAUCAGUAUGAA